GUCGACACGAGCGAACUCCAGGAUAAGGUCUGGCCAGGCUGCUCGUCCCGUCCUCCUCUCGUGGUCUUCCAGAAGCCAUGGCCGCCGCCGCCGUCCACUGUUCCAGGUGGGGAAGGGUGCUGUGGGAACAACAGGGGAACUCGAAUCCCUGGCCACGGGCACGGCCGCCACUCAGCAGUACACAGGAGUAGAGUAGUCUGGAGUCAGGACCCAGGAGACGAUGCAGGACAAUGACGCGCAUAGAGAAUGUACAGUGCACUACAUAUACUAAGGCAUACGUUCCUUUGAGCUCUGGCGCUUACUCAAGGAAAAAACCAACUUGCCACAAGUAUUGUGCAUCGGUGGAGCUUACUUGGAAACCAUGCCGACUAGUUGGAUAUCGGGAUUUUCGACUGAAAGAGCUAGCUUGCCAACAAUUGGCCCAUGGAGUGGAUGAACAAUAUCCUGUGAAAAGUAGCACUGUGGAGCAAGCUCAGGACCGCCAGCCCUGUCUGCCACAAGGUGAUGCUUACUUCGCUGGCCUGUCGAAGAAAGAAAUCGAGAGAAGGCGGAAGAUUGGCGCUGCCAACAAGGGGAAGGUUCCCUGGACAAAAGGCAGGAAAUGGAGUGAAGAGCACAAGAAGGUCAUCAGGCAACGGACUGCUGAAGCUCUGAGAGAUCCCAAGAUCAGGAAGAAAAUGUUAGGGCACCGUCAGCUACAUAGACAAACAAGCAAAGACAAGAUAAGUGCGGCGCUGAGGACGGUCUGGGAGAGGCGGAUCGUUUCUGUCCGAUCCAGACAGAAGGUUCUGCAGAUCUGGUCCAACAGUAUAGCUGAAGCAGCAAAGAACGGUGGUCACGGCCAAGAUAUGCUUGGCUGGGACAGCUACGAGAGGAUCAAGUCAGAGAUGGUAUCUACGUUCCUGUGGAUCAAGGAGAGGGGACGUAUGGUGAAGAAGCUUGAAAGGGCCGUGGCAAAAAUAGCUGCCAAGAGGCUUCAAGUGGUACGGAGAAGGGAAGAACAGGCCACAAGGAUGAAGAAGCUGAAACCUGACUGUCAGACGUUGCUGCAAAACGCGGACCGUCAACCAGCAAGAGUGGUAGUAUCUGCAAGGCCAAAGCUUAAGGAGAGGCUAGCUAAGUGGCACGGUCGAAAGAAAGAGCUCGAGACAGUGAUAAGUUCACGGGCAAGGAAAAGAGGAUUGCGAAAUCCACCACGAAGGCAAAUGGCAGCAGAAAGCCUCGAGGCUCUGUCAACUUCGGCUGCAGGAGCACCAUAGGAAGGAUGGGCAUGUACCCUAGCUACUGAGCAGCUGGGAGCUCGUAGUCGCCUUAUAGAGAAGCAGAAGCCCAUGCCUAAUGACCAAUUCAUUAGGCAGGCACGGGGUUUUUUGUUUGCGUUGCUGAAACUACGUGUAGUAAUUUUUGUUUUAUAGCCUUAUUAGGCUUUCUGUCAAAGGAACAUGUUUAUGCUCCCUCCAAUGAAACUACGUGUAACAUGAUUUAUGGGUACAAAAAAUAAAUGUACUAGAAAAAUACAGUUAAAAAACAUUUGAAUACCACUA